AUGCCUUGGCAUUCAAAUUUCCCGAGAAUCGGGUUAAUUUUACUACUCUGCUGCUCUCUAAUUGAAGCUUCAUUAUGCCCACCGACAAUUCAGGCACCCUGCACCUGUACUUCCACAAAAUACCAGACCCUAUCGGUGGUCUGCGACAAAGCAGCGUCACUUGCAAAUGUUCUGGAAUCGGUACAAGUCCCAGAUAUGGUAAUUGAAAAGCUGAUCAUCAGUAAUACGCCCAUAGAAGAGCUCCCAGCUCUUGCCUUCUCAGACCUAAAGAUUCGCCGUCUAUCGUUCCGCAAUAAUGGAAUGUUUACGAUCAACCCAGAUGCCUUUGAAGGAUGGCUAGCAGAAAAUCUAGAAGAGCUGGAGAUUCGAAGCAAUUAUCUUGAUCAUAUCCCGCAAGUCGGCCUAACAAAGCUCACAAGUCUGAAGAUCCUCUCAUUAUCCGACAACCUCAUCCGGGAAAUCAGCGACAACGCAUUUUUGUCGUAUCUGAGUCGUACGGCCAUCACCAACUUGGACCUUUCCGCCAACAACCUAGCGGAGCUACCGGUUCAAGCAUUUUUAGGCUUGGAGUCUUUGAAGCAGCUGUCCUUGGAUAAAAACAGCUUCAAACACAUUCCAUCAACCGCUUUGGAAAAUGUUCCAUCACUAGAGGAGCUGAAUUUGAGUGUCAACCAAAUUGAAUAUGUUGGAGAGAAUUCGUUGCCACUCCCGCUUUUGAAAUCCCUAAGUCUCGAAGUGAACCAGAUCCGUGAAAUUGAGCCCGAGACUUUCGAGACGGUCCCGCAGCUCACUUACCUUUAUAUUGGCAACAACUUAUUCGCCAAUAUCAACCCUGACACUUUCUAUUACCUGAAGCAGCUGAAGGUUUUGUCAAUGAGCAACAACAAGGAUAUCUCGGAAAUCAAGCUGGACAGCUUCCAAUAUCUCCCGAUGCUGAUUCGCCUUGAAAUGUCCGAUUGCUCUUUGACAAAUAUCGUCCCACAGGCACUACAUAAAUUUUCAAAAAUUCAAGUGCUGGUCUUGAGCCGAAAUCAGUUGACUGGCAUUGCUGCAUCGACUUUCUCCGCACUUUCCGAGCUGAUUACGGUGGACUUGAGCUCAAACUCAAUCUACAACGUGGAAGAUUUCGCCUUCAGCCAGCUUCCAUCCUUGGAACAUAUGGAUUUGAGUGGAAAUCGGCUGGAGAAUCUGCCUGCUCAUAUUUUCUACGAAAGCUUUGUACACAAGAAGUCGCCUAGGCACCGGACUUUGUUCUUGAAUAAUAACCCUUGGAAAUGCGAUACACGUCUCCAGUGGCUACGCAAGUUUGUCCGUGAAAAUGGAGAUAUUUUGACGAGCUUGCCAGGAACCCAGGAUGCCAGAUGCUGGUCCCCGGCAACCCUGCGAGGCUUGGAUAUACGGCAAACGGAUCCUGUUCUCCCAGCUGGCGUCAGUCAAAACGGGCCGAAGGAGAUGCGGAAAUAUGCAACGAAACCCCCUCCCACCCUGUAUGGGCAACCACUGGAGGCAAGUUCGACGAAAGCCACGACACAACAGCUCGAUGUCUCACAGGCCAAUUUGUUGAUGCUUGUCGUUGGCAUCAUUUUCGGCUUCGUCGCGCUGGCGGCGAUAGUGAUCAUCGCGACGACCUACAUCAAGCCGCGCUUCGAAAAAAAGGUGAUCUCAAAGAGGGGAGUGGGAGGU